AUGCCUAUCGGCGAACCAUCCAAGUCUAAGUCGACUUACAUAGACCCUGGAAAGGCGUCUAUGGACUCAGAUGGGUCGUCGAGUCGCCAUGGGGCCCAGGAGGAAAUGGGCAACUACGUCGGGGCGAAGCGAGAGAAGCCCCGUAGGUUCUGGUCGAGACUGUGGAAGCACUUUAAGCGGUUUUGGAUAUGCUAUGGUUUGCUUGGAGUGGUCUUUCUCGCCAUAUUCCUGCCCGUCUUCUUCCUCGUCAUUCUACCAGCUAUUGCCCAAAGACUGGUAGAUGAUGCCGCUAUCCCAAUCCAGUCUGCAGAGGUGCUACGACCAACCCCAGAUACUAUCACCUUCUCCCUGGCUGCAACUAUCAACGUUCCGCUGGGACUGGGAGUCUCCGUCGAUAAAUUCAAUCUUAGUCUCUUCGACCGAGAUGUUAAGCCCCGAAAGCCUUACGUGACUGCCGAGCUGGGACCGGUUUAUCUGAAAGGAAAAUCCCAUCUCACGAUCAGCAACCAGACGGUGGAGGUUCUCGACGAGGAGGAGCUCACCAAGUUUCUGUCAAAAGCGGUCUAUUCGAAGAACUUCACCAUGUCUGCCUAUGGAAAGACGACUGCACAUCUAGGCAAACUCAAGGUUCCGUUGACGUUGGAUAAAGAUGUCGAACUUGCGGGACUUGACCAGCUGAGUGGAUUUUCCAUAGACGCAGCCAGUAUCGCUCUCCCUCCGGAGGAGGACGGGUCGAACCUGAUAGGACGUGCUACACUGCCGAAUCACUCUUUGGUUACGUUUGCUCUGGGCAACGUAACUCUGAACCUCAAGAUCGGGGACGUUAUCCUCGGCAACGGAACCAUCGACAACGUUUUGCUGAGACCAGGCAAUAACACAGUUCCUCUACGCGGGAUUCUUGACAUACGAAAAGCUGUCAGCAAUCUAGGGACCAUCCUAGCCGCUGAAGCAGAUGCUCUUAGCCAUGGGAAUCUGAUGCUGGCGGCUUCUGGCCAUUCAACGAUCUACAAUGGCUUUCACAUCCCAUAUUUUGAAAAGGUCCUCAACAACCUUACAGUCACGGCGGACGUCCCCAUUUUGAAGGUGCUAUUUGGGACUCUGUCACAAUUGAUCACAUCAAAUCCGGGCGCUAUUUCAAAUGUGACGAGUGCGUUGGGGAAUACAGACUUGACGAACAGCCCCAAUAUGACGAAGAGUGUGGGAGAUAAUGAGUGA